UCUGAUGCACACAUGCAGAAAAGCAGCCGGAUAGAAAAACUGCAGAGGCACGAUGGGGAUAUUCCGCCUGCACGGACUCUGGUGGUGAGGCGUCCGGAGUUCAGCCACAGUGUGAAUGUGUGUGUGAAUGUGUGCGAGUGUGUGAGAAUGAAUGUAUGCAUGUGUGAGUGAGAGAGUGAGUGAGUGAUAGAGUGUGAGACCUAUGCUGUGUGAGCAGGGGAACAGAUGAGAGCAGGUUAGAGAGGAGCUAAAAAGAGAGGGGGAGUGUUGACGGAGGAACCUCACACCACUGGAUCAGAGGACAUUGAUGUGUAACAACUACUCAAACUACAGCCGCUGCUUCGUAUGCUGCCACUACCUGGCUGUUCCUGCAACUUCUGCAAUGAUAUAGGCGUCUAUCGUAGCGCCGCUCCACUUGGGAAACAGGCAUGCACGGACACAACCGAACAUCCAAGCGAUUGCAUCCUUAGUCAGUGAUUCCUGUGUCUGAGGAAAAAUGGUGAGCAAGGACAGCGGCAAAUGCACGCUCACCAACUCAGAGUCAGAUUCCGAGGGUGCACCUUUGCCCUCCACCUCCCUGGCACUUGAAUAUUCCCUGGAUGCCAGUCGACAGGUGCGAAAGAGAAACAAGGCCUUGCAAGUGCGUUUCAAGGAUAUCUGUGAGGCUCAGAAUGAACAAAGGGAGGCAGAGUUGCAGGCAUUAGGGAGGGGCAGGAAGCCCCUCUCAUACAAGGUGGCAUAUCGGAAGUACAUGACAGUCCCAGCACGUAGAUCCAUCCCAAAUGUGACGAAGAGUACGGGAGUGCAAACGUCUCCCGACCUGAAGAAACAUUAUCAGACUUUUCCCUUUGAGCGUAAAAAAGGCCACACCUUCAAACACAUGGCAGCAGUAGAAACAUACAAAGGUCAAAAUAAUGGUUUUGUCAUGGAGGUGAAACAGGCGAAGACUGCAGCACCGUGCUUAGAUGAGGAAGAGGAGGAGGGAGCCUGCGGGAGGAGUGGAGUCCGGAGGACCAGGGCUCUGCUCCAUACUAAUGAGUGCAUCACCACGGUAGAGCAGCACACUGCACCUGAUGGCCCGUGCUCUGAUGCUUUGCUGCUUAGCUGCUCAGUGGACACAGAUUGCCUUUCAGACACGCAAAGAGGAGGAACGAGUGCUGGAUCACAGGCCGAGUAUCAACUUUGCAGUGUCCCCUCAAAUUCCAGGACUGGAAUUCAACAUCAAGGCGCUGACUCGGAUUAUCAAGUCAACAGGCAGCUGCUCAAUCUAGAGGAGAGGUCAUCCCAAACCCUGCCGGACAGGGCCUCGAAGGUCACGGGUCCCAUCGCAUGGAACUCGCUAACACAGGUUGAAUGUUUGGACAGUCCGUCUGUGCGCAACAAGCGGAAGAAAAGCCACCAGCUCAACGGACUGCAGAGCCAGACGCUUCCACGCUGUACGACACAAGCACAGUGCCACAGUGGACAGUUAUCUGCUCAGCCUCUGAGGGACAUGGAGGAACCUCAGUCACCCGUUGCAGGGAGUACAAACACAGGGGCGAAUCCUGAUACCAGGCACGAGGCCUGUAAGCAAAUAGUGCCUAUGAACAAGGACAGGGAUGUAAAAGCACAGCUCCAGGCGAUGGAGACCCUCAUCAGUUCCAGUCAAGAAACUAUCAAAGUGCUGCUGGGGGUUAUCCAGGAACUGGAGAAAGGGGAGGCCCACAGAGAGGGGCUCUCCUAUCGAACAGGGCAGGACACAGCCAACUGUGACACAUGCAGGAACAGCGCAUGCAUUAUUUACAGUGUGGAGCUGGACUUCAAACUACAAGAGGACAAAUUGCAGCCACUAAUGAAGAGGCUUUGCCCAACAGAUGACGCCCACUUUUCCACCUUGUCACACUCCCAGGAAGCCUUCACUUCAACCCCAAAACGCAAAUCCAAAGCGGACUCGAAGAAGCAUGCCCGCUGGAAACUUUGGUUUUUGUGAAACUUUAUCACCCUUUUAAGCGAUGAAGAUGGAUCUUACACUCAUCAAUAUUGAUUCUUCAUUUUCUACUCUGGCGCUUUGGAGACAAAACAAAGGAUACGUACGCCACUGGAUACACAACACUUCAAGGAUACCAAGGAGAGACAAAGCCUUCAAAAUAACACAAGCUCAGAUGAACAACUUUUCUCCAACCAGGGUAAUAUCUACACCCUGGGAUUGAAUUUUCCUUCGAUCUAUUUGCAUAUAUUUUUAUAACUAUCAUCUAUAUGAUUCUGAACUCUCAACUCAGUGACUGUCCCAUUUGUACUUAACACCUGGAACUUUCCAGACGGCCUCCAGGAGAGGCUGAGGAUUCAACGACAACAGCAUAUCACUGUACCGCAAAGCACAACAAACGUUUCAAGAUACUGCUGAUCCAGAUUAAUUUGAUACAGUAUAGACGACAAACUCUUUACCAGGCCUAGCAGACGUUUGACAAUUGCCAAUUUGCAUUCACUUGAAGAAAACCAUAUGAGAGGAUUAAAAUAAAACAAAAUGACACAUAUCAUUUUAUCCAUAAAAUUAUUAUUUCAAUGAAAACAUGGGUACAAUCAAUCGUCAGAACAUGCUUUAAAAAGAUGAAAUAAAUUAAUAAACAAUUAUAAAACAAAUUGUAUUUCAGAACAUUUCUUCAACUUUAAAAACAAAGCUGGACUGUAUUUUUGUCAAGUGAAUGCAAUCCGUUUUGGAUGGAACACACAACUGAAAUUUGUAUUUCAUACGACUUAAAAGAACAAAAGGUUUUUGACAAUAAUCUGCUUACCAUUCGUGGAUAAAAUGCCAUGAAUCACCUGACUCUGGAAUAAGGAUUCAAUAAAUAAUGGUUAUUUUCCUAAAUACAUUUCCAAAUUACACUUUCACGUAGUUUUUCUGGCUAACCAUAUAGUGAGAAGUAAUAAUACAAUGUUUUGACGAUUUAUGGGGUCACGUAUUAAACUAUGGUGCAAACAUCUUGAUACCAGUUCAAUCACUGUGACACACCAUGACAGCCCAGUAGUGACAUUAUGGCACAUUAAAAAAAAUGAAACUAUUUUUGCUACACAAAAACAGAUGCACCUUUGUUCAUUCAAAUAACUAGUUUAUUCUCAAACUAUACAUUUGCAGUUAAUAUAACUCAUUUUGUUCAAUUUUGCAUUUGUGUUUAUUUCAACAUCAUAUUUGAACCACGCGGAGUGUUUACAUUUUAUAUAACGCCAACAUAUUUCACAGUAUUAAAAGUUUCAUAACACAUGGUGUGGAGGACUGGUUUGGGAGACUGAUGAAUUAAGUGAGAAAUAAAGAAAAAAUAAAUAAAUAAUAGCAUAAAAUUUCAAGUGAAUGUGAUUAUAAGGACCUGCUUCUAUUGAAAUAAUGUACAAACCACGAAAGAGUGGUUUGACUUUUUCAGACUGAUUUUUGGUUUUGUCAGUGGAUGAACUGUAGCAACAAGACAGAAAUGAAGGAUUCUGUACCAAAAAAGUGCAAUUGAUUCAUUAUGUGCAAUACUGUAUAUUUUUUAAAACAUUAUAAACAGCUGAAG